UCCGUCCUCUUUUAUCAGUAUAUCGCUGCAGUUAGUAACAGCCUGGAAACAAGAUGGCGUCCUUGAAAAUGUCAAGUUUUGCUAUGAUUUUGACUUGCGCUUUGCUUGCUACAGUGGAUUCAGUGCCGUCCAGGGAUAAAACAGUAUCACCCAACCUUCAAAGUGGCAACAGUCUCACAAGAUUACGUCGAAGUCUUAUCGAGUUUGGCGCAAUGAUCAGCUGCGCAACCAAUCGUAGUAACCUUGACUACCUCGACUACGGCUGUUGGUGCGGCCUYGGUGGACAGGGAAAACCACGCGAUCAACUUGACAUGUGCUGCUACGUGCAUGAUAAAUGCUACGAUGACAUCAUUGCUAGUGGUAUAUGUGGUUAUUCCUGGCAGGUUUACUUCAGAACUUAUCAACACUCAAAGUGCACAACUUGCGAACCUGCAUCAGCCUAUCCUGUAAAUGAUCCCUUUAUACCAUGUAGGUUAGCGUUAUGUGCGUGUGACAGCAAUGCARCAAAGUGUUUCGCAAAGUCCAAUUAUAAUCCACAAUUGAAAGAUUAUGACUCUUCAAAGUGUUAACGAAUUAUGUAAAUUAACGAGAAAAAGGAAUUGACGAUUAAAUUAAAAAAAAAAACGCUCUA